CUUGGUGACAUCAUGUGUACUCUGUAUCAUUUUCUGUCAUUCAUUAUUACAGCUGCUUCAAUAGGAACCAUGGUGCUCAUAUCAAUCGAUCGAUAUGUGGCUAUUUGCUAUCCUCUGCAUUACUCCACCAGAGUCACACACAGAAGAGUUCAGAUCUGUGUCUGUCUGUGUUGGAUAUGGUCUUUUUUCUGUCACAGUUUGUUGCUAAAGGAUAACCUGGAGCAACCCGGCAGGUUUAAUUCCUGCUCUGGAGAGUGUGUGUUUGUCAUCAACUACAUCGCUGGUUUUGCAGAUCUAGUUUUGUCUUUUAUUGGUCCUGUCACUGUCAUUGUAGUUCUGUAUAUAAGAGUAUUUGUGGUGGCUGUGUCUCAGGCUCGUGCCAUGCGCUCUCAUAUUGUAGCUGUUAAACUCCAGAAAUCAGCUAAAGUAACUGCUAAAAAAUCUGAAAUGAAAGCAGCCAGGACUCUUGGUGCUGUUGUUGUUGCGUUUAUAACAUGUGUCUGUCCAGCGUACUGUGUCACUCUUACAGGCAAAGACGUUUCACUCAGUGCUUCAUCUGCUGCCUUUGUGAUCUGUUUGUUCUACUUUAACUCCUGCCUGAAUCCUGUCAUCUAUGCCUUUUUUUACCCCUGGUUUAGAAAAUCUAUCAAGCUCAUUGUCACACUGAAGAUACUGCAGCCCGGCUCCCGUGAGGCCAACAUGCUGUAG